CUCAGUAGAAGUACGUUUUCGUUGCGGGACCGGGACUGCAGUAGCGAGGGGACGGGCGUACUGAACUACACACAGACAGCGGAGUACAACGGUCAGACAGUGGCCCUCAAAUCCAGUCAGCUGUCCGGUGUUCAGCUGAACAUGACUGAUCUCGUGGAACUUAAGGCUAUGCGGGAAUUUUUACAUGCCAACGUGAAUCCCUUUAUCGGAGCUUGCAUCGAUCCUCCAAAUAUUUGCUGUCUCUUUCAGUAUGGUACCAAGGGAAGCCUUCAGGAUGUUUUGGAAAAUGAUGAUAUCAAGUUGGAAUGGACUUUCAAAGUGACAAUUCUUAAAGACAUAGCUUUGGGAAUGAAGUACCUCCACUCAUCGGUCCUGAAAUCCCACGGUCGACUGAAAAGUUCUAACUGUAUCAUCGACAACAGAUGGACCGUGAAGGUCACGGACUACGGGGUGUCUGCCUUCUUCAGGCAAGAGGGGGUCACAAACAUCAAAACGAUGGAAGAUUUCAAAGAUUUGUUAUGGACUUCUCCUGAAAUAUUGAGGUCUGAUAACAAUUUUCCCAGGAAUGGAACAAGCGCCAGCGAUGUAUAUAGCUAUGGUAUCAUCAUGCAUGAAACUUUCUACCGAAACGGACCGUUUCCUGUAGCAGGAAAGACACCGAGGGAUAUAAUAAAAGCAAUACACGGUGGAAAUUCGUGUAAACCAGAAACUUACCAAUCAGAAGUCAUCAAACCAGAAAUGUUGGAUUUAAUGGAGCUAUGCUGGGCCGAUGAUUGGCGAAAGAGACCAGACUUUGCUGGCAUAAUUAAACUCAUCAAGGAAAAUAACGCCGAGGCGAGCGUUAGUAUAAUAGACUCCAUGAUAAACAUGCUGGAGACCUAUGCCAACAACCUAGAAGACUUAGUGGAAGAGAGGACAGUCUCACUGAACGAAGAGAAAGAGAAGACAGACCGCCUGCUGUACCGCAUGUUACCGAAGUCUGUGGCAGAUAGACUGAAAAGAGGAGAAUUCGUUGUCCCUGAAGCCUACGAAGCAGUCACUGUUUUCUUUUCCGACAUCGUAGGGUUUACCACCAUUGCAGCUCAGAUCACGCCGCUAGAUGUUGUUGAUUUCCUCAACGAGAUCUAUACGUUAUUCGAUGACAUAAUUUCAAAAUAUGAUGUGUAUAAGGUUGAAACAAUUGGUGAUUCUUAUAUGGUGGUCAGUGGCCUACCGGAGCGGAAUGGAAAUGCUCAUAGUGGCGAGAUAGCUAACAUGUCUUUAGCCAUAUUGGGACAACUCAAGCAGUUCAAGUUAAAGGCUAUUCCAGAACAGAAAGUAAUGGUUAGGAUAGGUCUGCACACUGGACCGGUCUGCGCAGGAGUGGUGGGGUUGAUCAUGCCGAGGUACUGUUUGUUUGGUGACACAGUGAACACGGCCUCCAGAAUGGAAUCUAAUGGAGAAGGUGGCAAAAUUCACAUCACAGCUAUGACAAGAAAUGCAUUACUUAAUCUGGGAGGACAUGAGAUCACAGAUAGAGGGAAUGUCUUUAUAAAGGGUAAAGGACAUAUGGACACUUACUGGUUGGUUAACAAAACAGAAACUAGCUUACAGUCCUUACAAUCGGAAACAAAAGUGUGACAAUUGUUAUUUUGUAGACUGGACACUAUGGAUUGGCUAGAGAAUAAGUCUAA